AUGAAACUAUCACUUGAACUUGGAACACGUAAUCGGUGGCCGAUGUAUGCUACCUAUGAAGAAGAUGCAAAGUUGCGGGACAAGAAAUGGGAUUUCUACUUUGAUCGGAGAAGCGGCGAGAGAAUUGUGAUGCAUGAUGCAACGGAUAUUCCGUUGCCAUGUCCCUCAAAUGCAGAGUUCGAUCGAGCACUUUUCAGUGACUACUAUGGCAUCGCAUGUGCCAAGGCAGGAGUCAGUGGAAUGCCUCUCAUGACUGGAAGAAUCACAGAUUCGCAAAUGAUACUGGCAGAGGAAGUUUUCAGAGGCAGAUGCAUCGUCUGA